AGAAGUAAGUAGGUAUAUAGGGGCGCAACGUGUUGGCGGAUUCUCAGUCGUUAGUGACGAGGCUCGCGGGCUGCCCGGGCGACUCCCGUGAGCGACCUCGUGUAUGAGCUACCUAUCGACACAGAUAAAGGAAUUCCUAUGUGAUGUUAGUAAACAAAAAGUGUAUAAAUAAAAAGCGCGGCGUGUUCCCUCUGUCAGUCUACUUGUGAAGUUAAGCUGGCUACGAUGUCUCUUCCGGGAGUUUUCCUUUUUUCUCACUACGUAGAAAGCUUUUGGAGCACGCCGCCGCCCCUGGUGGACUGGUCGUACGUGCCGACGCUGGUGCUGGCAGUGAUCCUGGUGGUGGUGGCGGCGACGGCGUUAGCUGCGCGCGCGGCUGAUGGCAAACAGGCCACUCGGCUGCCCGGCCCGCAGGCACUACCGUUUUUGGGCACCCGGUGGCUCUUCUGGGGCCGGUACAAGAUGAAUAAGCUGCAUGAAGCUUAUGAAGACAUGUUCAGGCGUUACGGGCCGGUUUUCGUGGAGACCACUCCGGGAGGUGCCUCUGUGGUGUCCAUCGCGGAGAGAGCAGCCCUGGAGGCCGUGUUGCGGGCCCCGGCCAAGAGGCCCUACCGUCCGCCCACCGAGAUCGUGCAAGUGUACCGCAGGAGUAGGCCCGACAGAUAUGCCUCUACAGGACUUGUAAAUGAACAAGGCGAAAAAUGGCACCAUCUUCGUCGUCACCUGACCGCAGAGCUGACGAGUCCUAACACAAUGCAGGGCUUCCUACCGGAGCUGAACAAUAUUUGUGACGACUUCCUCGAACUUCUGGAGUCUUGCCGACGAAGCGACGGCACUGUUGCCGGCUUUGAUCAACUUACUAACAGGAUGGGCUUGGAAUCUGUCUGUGGGUUGAUGCUUGGUUCAAGACUGGGCUUCUUAGAGCGAUGGAUGUCGGGCCGUGCGGCAACUCUCGCGGCCGCCGUGAAGGCCCACUUCAGGGCCCAGAGGGACUCCUACUACGGAGCUCCCCUAUGGAAGUUCGCCCCCACCACUCUCUACAGGACAUUCGUGAAGAGCGAGGAAACCAUUCAUACGAUAGUAUCGGAGCUGAUGGAGGAAGCCAAGACAAAGAAACAGGGUACUGCCAAUGAUGACGCCAUGAGAGAGAUCUUCCUGAGGAUCUUGGAAAACCCUGCCGUCGAUAUGAGGGACAAGAAGGCUGCUGUCAUUGACUUCAUCACGGCUGGCAUUGAGACGCUAGCGAACAGCCUAGUAUUCCUGCUAUACUUGCUGAGCGGUCGCCCAGACUGGCAGCGGGUCAUCCGCUCCGAGCUGCCGUCCUGCAGCACACUGACUGCCGAAGACUUGGCAGCCGCUCCCUCAGUCCGUGCUGCGAUAUAUGAGGCCUUCCGACUGCUGCCAACAGCACCUUUCUUGGCCAGGGUCCUGGAUACCCCUAUGACUGUUGGGGGACAUAAAUUGCCGGCUGGGACGUUCGUGCUAGCCCACACAGGGGCAGCCUGCCGUCGUGAAGAGAACUUCUACCGCGCGCGGGAGUUCGUCCCCGAGCGCUGGCUCACGCACACGGCUCCGCAUGCCCCUGCUCUUGUAGCUCCCUUCGGCAGGGGCCGCCGCAUGUGUCCCGGGAAACGAUUCGUUGAUCUUGAACUGCAUUUGCUUCUUGCUAAGAUAAUGCAGAAAUGGCGCGUGGAGUUUGACGGUGAGUUGGACAUCCAGUUCGACUUCCUACUGGCGCCAAAGUCACCAGUGUCUCUGCGACUGGUCGAAUGGUAGUCGCUUCCUUUAGCGUUGUCCUGCGUGACUGACGAAUGCGACGCGAUGCUACACGCGACAAAUGUUCCACGUGAUUUUUCACAUUACUUCUAGAACAAUUCAAUUUUGUUCAAAAGUCCCUUCAAAACAUAUGCGUUAAUGUCGCGUUUCGCCGCAGAUUUUCAUUUGCCGCAAUCAGAGGAUCGAGUUGAUCGUCUUCCUUAGAAGGAAGUUUUCUCAGAAUUGGCCAAUUUGUGGUUGAUCGCGUUCGUUGCGUUUGAAUCGUCGCGUCAUUCGUCGCUCACGCAGGACUCCGCGUUAUACGUAAUGUGUAAAGUUUAUUGUACUUCUGCUUCUUACAAAGUUCUUUUAAUUAGAUUAUACAAGUAUUUUCGUAAUAUACGCCCUUUGAUGGAGAAAUAUGGACAAGAUAGUUAAGGUCUAACCAUUAGGUUGGAUAAUACGCUUCUAGAUCCCCUGCCUGGAAAAAUAAUUUUAAAAGUUUAUUUUGGGAUGUUUAAUGAUUUUUAAUUCUGUGCUCCAAACAUAUAAAUGUGUUCUGUAACUUGGAUAGUUCGUUAUAAUAAUAGUAACGAUUUAUUCUCUGCAAAAUGGCGUAUGUUACGAUAUAACAGUGUAUAAUCAAAGCUUUAUUAUGACUAAAGAGAGCGUCAUUUACUUUAAUAUUAGCUGUUUAUUUUUAAAUGACUGUAAUAAAGUCCGUCUUAUAUCUUGCUAUUUACUUUUAAGCGAGUGUUCGCAAUGUCUUCCACUUGCUCAGUUAACAUUAUUGAAAACUUAUUAUAUGCUUGUUUUAAGGGUCCGUUGCACCAUUUAACUAUAAUGAUAACCAAACCACAAGCAGUCGUGUAAUUGGUCAAAUCAGCGAUUUGACAACUGAAAAUGGUUCGGUUUUCGCAAUAGAUAAAUGGGGUAAUGAACCAUAUGUGUAAAUGUUAUUUAAGUGUAUUGGGCUGGUCCACAUUACCUUCCAUUUCCUUCCAAACGACUCGGUUGCCAUGACAGCUCAGUGGGAGUGCGUUACAGGGUAUUGGCAAUAUCUGCUCAAACUGCACACUUCUUUCUAAUUGUUGAAAGAACUGUUCACAAAUUAUUAUAUAGGAACGUAAUAUACGUAGAAUACUGAUCUAGUUUAUAGCUACACAAUAUUAUAAAAAUAUGGCUGUGUUAAUAUCAAAAACAUAUUUAUAUAAAAUGUUAUAACCGCAAAUACCUCUUGUUAUAAGACUGUGUAUUGCCAGCACAUGCAUUUGUCAGGAUUUUAAUGCAAUUUUUUUAAAUCUAGGUAAGAGUAAACAUUUAAGUUUAGCGUUACAAUCAUUCCAUUUUAAAAUAAGUUUUUGGUAAUACCAGCUUCGACAUUUAUGAUGAAAUAAAAAUAAAUUAGAAGUGGCCAUUUCCUAUGAUUAUUUUAUAAUGUAAAAUUAUUAUGUUGACGUUACAGUUCUUUCGCGAUAUGAUGGUUUCCCUUACAGUUAUAUUUUUUUCCAGCUACUUGUAUUACUUUUACCUAAAGUAAACAGACAUAAUAUUUAAAAAUAAACAAUAUUGGGACUUCAUAAGUUUGUGUGGCAGGGAUAAAUUAGAACUGUUAGGAAGAUAAUCAUAUCGCGAAAUAACUAUAGUUGUAUAGCUAAGACAUCGAUCGUUGUAUCCUUGUUAGCUUUUAAAUGGAUUAUUUGUUUAUCAAUAUAUAGUUAACAUACAUACAUAGAUGAGGAUAUUGUUAUCAAUUAAAUUAUUUUGAAAUAAUAAACUGAACCUAAUAUUCCAAUAAAUAGAACAGAAACUAAAA